AUGAAUACUCAUACCAACAAAAACGCAAUCUUGCAAGAGAAGCAGCGAAAAGCAGAACGGGAUGAGAAAUUACAGGAACGUAUUGUGUUGCACGAUGCUACUGACGAGGCAGAAAAUUCGGAUUCUUGGUCCGAAGACCAAGACUCUGCGCUUGAAGCCUGGUAUUCGUCCUUCAGUUGGUCCAAUAAUGAUUGGGAUGAUUGGGAUGAUUGGGAAGACAUCUCUGAUAGCUCUGAUGAGUGUGAUCGCUUCAUCUAUGCAGAUAGCACCGAAGAUGAGUAUUCCGCCGAGGAUACGUAUUGGUCCCAGGUUGACAACCCAGAGUUCCAAAACGAGGAUGGAGUUUCUGGCGAUGAUCAGUAUACUGAAGACGGGUUUUUGUCGAGUGGACAGUAUGAUGAUACUCCGGAGGAUGAGGAAUAUGAUCACCCCCUCUACUCUAUAAACCACCCUAACGACGACGACGACGACGACGAAACGGAUUUCCAAUCUGACUUGUUUGAGGUCGAGUUUUUUGAGGAAAACUGUCCGGACGGUGAUGUAGUAUUUGACGAUAUCAGGAUUAUGGACGGUAGCCUUGAUUAA